AUGCAUUUCGUUCCUGCCUCAUGCAUUUCGUUCCUGCCUCAUGCAUUUCGUUCCUGCCUCAUGCAUUUCGUUCCUGCCUCAUGCAUUUCGUUCCUGCCUCAUGCAUUUCGUUCCUGCCUCAUGCAUUUCGUUCCUGCCUCAUGCAUUUCGUUCCUGCCUCAUGCAUUUCGUUCCUGCCUCAUGCAUUUCGUUCCUGCCUCAUGCAUUCCGUUCCUGCCUCAUGCAUUCCGUUCCUGCCUCAUGCAUUCCGUUCCUGCCUCAUGCAUUCCGUUCCUGCCUCAUGCAUUCCGUUCCUGCCUCAUGCAUUCCGUUCCUGCCUCAUGCAUUCCGUUCCUGCCUCAUGCAUUCCGUUCCUGCCUCAUGCAUUCCGUUCCUGCCUCAUGCAUUCCGUUCCUGCCUCAUGCAUUCCGUUCCUGCCUCAUGCAUUCCGUUCCUGCCUCAUGCAUUCCGUUCCUGCCUCAUGCAUUUCGUUCCUGCCUCAUGCAUUCCGUUCCUGCCUCAUGCAUUCCGUUCCUGCCUCAUGCAUUUCGUUCCUGCCUCAUGCAUUUCGUUCCUGCCUCAUGCAUUUCUUUCCCUCACUCCCUGACCUCCCUGACCCUCCUUGCCCCUCCCUGCCUCUCCUUGCCCCUCCCUGCCCUUUCUUGCCACCCUUCCCCCUUCAGCAACGGCACCACUAAAGACUACAACAUUCUUUACACCAUUGACGUGACUCUGACCAAUCCUGGAGAGCCCACCCGCGUCAUCAUCAUGAAGGGCGCUGACGUGGCACUCACCGUGGCCACCAGCACCGCCACGUGGACCAAUCGCACGCUCACACCUUCUGCUCAAGAUCCAGAUCCCACUAUCGAGAUGUGCAAGACCAUACCUCCCGAAGCCUGCUUGAGGCUUAGAGCCCAGUAUCAAGCCUUAAAAGCCCAGAAUCCUCCUCCCCCUCCUCCCACUUUCCUCGGCUACACCUACGAAACCGCUGGCACUUGGCUAAGCGCCAGUACUUUGAAGGCGGAUAACGGGCAGACGUAUAAGCAGCUUGUGGAUUCCAUGCUGGCUGCUCCUGACGCUUACUCUGCUCUCGUCUUUGCCUUUGUUGAGGCUGGAGCCGCGAGUGGUGCUUUCGCCAAUAGCACGCUGACAGCUGGCAAUGGGACCGCGGCAGGUACUCAGGCUUCCAAGUUGAGCAUCAAGACAUGGCGGCCAGUUGGAGGAGGCUAG